AUGAUUGUAUUCAUUUUUUGUUGGUUUGUCUAUCAAGCAGAUGCUGCGACAAGAGAAUGUUUACAUAAAAAUGAUUGUUUGAUCAACGGUAAUCUUGAAUGCAGAGAUGGAAAAUGUGCUUGUGUUCGUGGUGUUUGCGAGUUUAGAGAAUGCUUAAGAAAUCAACACUGUGCUGAACUUUACAAAGAAGGAGGACCCUACCGUUGCGUUGAGAACAAAUGCAUGCCGGUUGAAUGCACAAAGAAUAAUCAUUGUUAUACUUGCAAAUACGAUCGCCCUCAUAUGUGCGACAAAUGGUCAAAUAUCUGCGUUGAAGUCAAAUGCGCUCAGCAUCGUGAUUGCGGUGAGAAAGGACGCUGUAUAAGGUCAACGUCUUGGAGCCCAAUCAGCCUUCCUUUCUGCGAGUAUGUUGAAUGCGAUAGAAACAGGCACUGCGAUGCAAAUCAAAUCUGCAAAAAGAACAAGUGUCAUACAGUUGAAUGUUUAAGUAAUGUCUACUGUGCCUUUGAUGAAAUUUGUGAAAACAACAAAUGUGUUCCUUCACCUUUAGUGAAUACGAAAGAAUAA